AUGGCCGAGCAGAAAUUUGAAGGUUGGGUUGCGCUCGACAAGAAUGCCGCCGAAGGCAACAUGAAAUGGCAGGCUUUCGACGCCAAGCAGUUCGAAGAGGAAGACAUUGAUGUGGGUAUUGCUGGUGCCGAACGUAUGAUUAAGGAUGCAAGACUAACGCACAUGACAAGAUCGAAGUCUCCCACUGCGGGGUCUGCGGAUCGGACUUGCACACUCUCCGCUCAGGCUGGGGCGAAACGCCCUACCCUGCCGUGGUCGGCCACGAGAUUGUCGGCAAAGCGAUCCGUGUGGGCAAGAAUGUCAAGAAGAACAUCAAAGUCGGCGACCGAGUCGGUGUAGGAGCACAGUGCAAGGUAAGGUGGAAAGCGUCGCCCCUCGCACACAAAAUCUUGACAGCCCUGACUUAACUCCUUCUAAAUAGAGCUGCUUGAAACCGGACUGUGAGCGAUGCUCGAAUGACGAAGAAAACCACUGCCCCAACGAGUUCGUGCAGACGUAUGGGCAGAAAUACAAGUCCGAGAUCAAGACUGCGGACGGCAAAGACACGGCCACUGCGCAGGGUGGAUAUGCCAAGCACUGGAGAGGCAACAGUCACUUCGUGUUCAAGAUCCCCGACGCGGUGCCGAGUGAGAUGGCAGCACCGAUGCUGUGCGGUGGUGUGACGACGUAUAGUCCGUUGAAACAGAACGGCUGUGGCCCUGGUAUGUGAAAACCUCUCUCUCACAGCACUCACUUGAAGACAAUCUCUAACGCUAUUCCUCACAGGCAAGAAGGUCGGCGUGAUCGGCAUCGGCGGCCUAGGCCACUUCGGCCUCCUCUGGGCCAAAGCCCUCGGAGCCGACAAAGUCGUCGCCAUCUCCCGCAGCCGCUCCAAAGAGGCCGACGCCCGCAAGCUCGGCGCAGACGACUUCAUCGCGACGGGCGAGGAAGGCUGGGACACCAAAAACGCCGGCACCCUCGACCUCAUCAUCAGCAGCGUGUCCUCGCCCAAAAUGCCCCUCGCCGGCUACCUGCAGCUCCUCGCUUUCAAAGGCCGCUACGUCCAGCUCGGAAUCCCCGAGAACCCGCUGCCGGCUUUCAUGGCCGCCGCGCUCGUGAUGAAGAAGGCCACGAUGACUGGUAGCUUGAUCGGCUCGCCGGCGGAGAUUGAGGAGAUGCUGCAGCUUGCUGCGGAUAAGCAGGUGAAGGCUUGGAUUCAGGAGGUGCCGAUGAAGGAGGCCAACCAGGCGCUGCUGGAUUUCGAGGCUGGGAAGCCGCGGUAUCGGUUUUGUCUUGUCAACUAA